UCUGUGUACCAAUCUCUCUUGCUCUCUCAAUCUCUCUCCCUUCAUUCUGUAACCAAGUCUCUCUCUUUCCUGCUCUCUCUCUCUCUCUCUCACUUUCUCUUGUUUGUAUCACAUUUUCUCUUUCUCCUUUCUGUAUCCCAACCUCUCUCUCCCCCAUCUUUCUCUCUUUCCAUUCUGUAUCCCUACUCUCUCCCUAUGUCUCUCUCUCCCUUCUGUAUCCUAAAGUCUUUCUCUGUCUUUGCCCCUUCUGUACCUCUCUCUCUUUCUCUCUCUCUCUCUCUAUCUCUAAGCUCCUCCCUCAUCUAUUUCUCUUCGUCCUUGGCUUCCACCUGCCUCCAUCUACCUCUACUACACACACACACACACCCUCUCGCGGGGCUGCUCGCUCUCUCACUCACUUGCUGCAUGAUCAAACCCUUAAAUACAAACUAUACAUAAAAAAACAACAACAAACAGCAACAUAAAGCUAACCCACCAGAAUCCACGCUGCACGCUCUGCUCUGUAACACUUGUUUACAUGUUUACUUCAGUCCAGCCUCGGUCUCGUGCCUCCGCUAUCUGUUUACCUGACUUCACCCUCUCGUGAACCGAGGAUGAGACCAAACAGCCCGUCAUCAAAGGAGGCGCGCGCAGGGAUCAAACGGAGUUAAUGUCGCACCAAAGCGCGGAGAACAGAGAGCGCGAGCGCUAUAAAGGGGCUCAUUUGCAUACGUCAAGAGGACAUUUACAUAUGGACCGUACUUAAGCGCGCGAGGAGCACUCCGAGCCUUCAGAAGCGCGUGAGCAGCGCAGUUAGACACAACUCAGGCACGCGCUAACUUUUACUACCUGCUUUUACUCCUUAUCUUCUUCAAUCCCCUUUAUUCCCUUCGUUCCUACUCGUGCGGUGAUGGGAGCGCUGGGUUUCCCGGGCGCGCACGCGGCUGUGCAGGGUCUCGCGCACGGAGGCGCGCACUUCGCGCUCACGCAGCAGCAGCAGCAGCAGCAGCUUGUGUCCGCGGAGAGGCUCUCGCGCAGCGCCGCUCCGGACCUCGCGCUGCUGAAGGGCGCGCUCAGGCGCAGACAGCUGUACUGCAGGACGGGACACCACCUUCAGAUCCUGCCCGACGGAACCGUGCAGGGCACGAGACAGGACCACAGCCCCACCGGCAUUCUGGAGUUCAUCAGCCUCGCCGUGGGCUUGGUCAGCAUCCGCGGUGUGGACAGCGGCCUGUACCUGGGCAUGGACAGCAAAGGACAACUCUAUGGCUCGGAGAAGCUGACGGCUGAGUGCAUCUUCCGGGAGCAGUUUGAGGAAAACUGGUACAACACCUACUCGUCCAACCUCUACCGACACGGAGAGCGAGGCCCGCACUACUUUGUCGCACUCAACAAAGACGGGACGUCGAGGGACGGCACCCGUUCCCGGAGGCACCAGAGGUUCACACACUUCCUACCCCGGCCUGUGGAUCCGGAACGGGUACCUGAGCUUUACAAGGAGGUUCUGGGCCACAGCUGACGGAGAUCCCGCUCACCUCGGACCUAAAAACGCAACGGCACUUCUACUUCUAGGGCCGCUCCAGAAGAAGGAAGUGGAGUAUGGAGGCCCUGGAGAAGCUCCAGGAGAGAACCCUCGCUUACAUUUGUGGCAGAGUCAAGUCUGGAGCGAGGGCUGGAGUAACAGAGCACUAAGUGGUUUGGCUUACUUGGGACAACAACUUAAGGGCUUAUCAUCAAAUUUAAGGACAAGAGAAAAAUGGCCACCAACGUCAGGUUGACCAAUGGAUUGAUAGCCUGGAUUGGAAGGGAUUGGCGAGGAGUCCUGCGGUGAUUAGCUAGUACUACACCACAAAUUUUCCUCAAACGAAGGACAUUGGGACCCUGGAAUGUUCUGGAUAUUGGACAGAAAUUGAGCUUCUAGGUUGAGUUAAGGCACUCUGGACAAAACUGAUCGCUUCUUUUGCUUUGUCAAGUGACAGAAGCCAUCCAAUGGAUGGUCACUGCUGAAACUUCUAGAAAGCUUCUGAAGGAAUUCUGCGCUGUUGUGACGAUAUUUUGUUCAAACACUGGCUGUUCACACUAAACAGAGACUAUAAACCUGUACCAAACAUUUCUUUUUUUAAGUACAUAAUUUAUGCUUUAAAGAACAAGAACAUAUAUUUAUUUUAUAUAUUUAUUUAUUUCCAAAGUAUAUUUUUACAGCUAUAUAAGAGAUGUAAAAAGGACGUCAAGAGGGAUUUAUUUUCUACCACUAUAGACAGUGAAAUAUAACGACACUACUGAAGAAAGAAAGUAUUUUCUUAUUGGUUUAUUAUUACAAUGCAAAAAAAACCUGCUAUGCUGUUUGUGUCCACACACAUGAUUGGUCAUCCAUGUUCGCUUUGUUUUCCUUUUGUCACAAUGCAAGGUCUUUACAGAAUGUUUCUGGAGUUCAUUUGGGAAUUAAACAGUUCGAUAAACGA